UGGUCAUGCGACGUGUGAAAGACACGGGAUGCAUCGCAAUUUUGUGCACAAAAGUAAAUAAAUAACGAAAAUAAUUAAAAAUCCAUGCAGAACCUGAUCCAUUUUUAAUUAAUACGCUGGAAUCAAUUUCGCACGCUUCACUGACCAUUCGACAAAAUUUUCUGAAAAAAUACAACCGAAAGCUUGUGUGUACCGAAGCACUUAGCGCUAGAUGCGCGGGGAGGGUAAAUAAAUAAAAAUAUCGCCAUAUAUAAAACAUCUACAUGAAACGCGCACUGUUUACUCGUCGUUUGUAUUUAGUUGAGCACAGAGCUUCUCUUUUCUACUGAAACGUGUCGAAGAUGUGGCGCUGGAGUAUUCGAAAUCCGUCGGCUGCGCUGGUGGCGCUGGUGCUAGUCGCUCUUUGUUGUAUUGCGAACGCGCUUGAUGUGAUAUAUGCAAAUGGCGCUGAUGUUGUGGCUUACGAACCUGUUUUAGGUCCGGUGGGACCGCCACGUUCUAGACGGUCGCCGGCAGGAGGUGGCGGUGGUGGUGGUGGACCAUAUGGUCAACCCGGUCAGCCUGGUGGUAAUGGAUAUGGUGGCGCUGGCGGCUCCGGAGGCUACGGUGGCUACGGUGGAGGUGGCGCUGGUGGUAAUGGGGGUGGUGCAGGACAACCUGGACAACCGGGAUAUGGUGGUUAUGGUGGCUCCGGUGGCCGUGGAGGUGGAUAUGGAGGCGGAGCAGGCGGUUAUGGUGGAGGAGCAGGCGGUUAUGGUGGUGGUGCAGGUCAACCUGGUCAACCCGGAUAUGGUGGUUUUGGUGGAGCAGGCGGACGAGGUGGUGGAUACGGUGGCGGUGCUGGUGGUUAUGAUGACUACGGAGGCGGUUAUGGUGGUCCUGGUGGCGCUGGUGGUGGUUACGGUGGCAAUGGUGGGGGGCCUGGUCAACCUGGACAACCCGGCGGAAAUGGGGGUGGAGGAGGAGGUGGCGGUGGCGGCGGCGGCGGUGGCGGUGGCGGUGGACGUUAUGGUGGUGGCGGCGGAGGCGGUGGUGGCGGUGGCAAGUAAUGGCAGCGCACAGCCAACCAAUUAAUUCAACAAGGAAUGUGAAACCUUUAUUAGAAGAGACUUGUUCUGUCCGAAACUGUGUGAAAAUAAAACAAAAUGAAAAAUACUUUAAA